AGCAGCUGUACAUAAGAAAUCGUUAUUCGGAUUGAACGUUACAAAGUGUUUGUUUAAAUACUACUUGUCACAACGUAAUCAUAUCAUAUUCUAGUAGUCGUAAACGUUCUUCGUUCUUUGUCGUGAUUUCAGAAACGUUAAAACAUUUUUUGUACACGUUUAUAAUAGAUUUUCGUAACCUUAUAAUGUCUAGCAAACCAGUGAAAAAAGCACCUAAAAAGAAGGCAUUAUACAAACUACCGGAUCCGAUAUCAGCCGGUGAAAUAUUAACAGAUAUAACAAAAAAACAGUGGAUUCUCGGAAAAUCUAUCGGUGUCGGUGGUUUUGGUGAAAUUUAUUCUGCUGCUCCAUACAGUGGGAAAGUUCCAAAAAAUUAUCCCAAUGUAAUCAAAAUUGAACCACAUGAAAACGGGCCAUUAUUUGUGGAAAUGCAUUUUUAUAUGAGAAAUGCCAAACCGGAUGAAAUCGAUAGUUGGCGAAAAAAAAAGAAACUUCCUAUGCUUGGGAUGCCUCAAUACAUCGGAUCUGGAAGUCAUGAAUAUAAGAAUAUAAAAUAUCGAUUUGUUGUAAUGGAUCGGUAUGGUACAGACUUGUGGAAACUGUUUGAAGAAAAUAAUAGACGAUUUCCGGAACAUACAGUAUAUAAAAUAGCUUUACAAAUAAUACAUGUAUUAGAAUACAUCCAUUUUAAGACAUACGUACACGCAGAUAUAAAAGGAGCAAAUUUAUUGUUAGAUUUAAAAUCUCAAGAUAAAGUUUAUUUAGUAGAUUUCGGUUUGGCUUCCCAUUACACGACAAAAGACGAAUAUAAACGGGAUCCAAAAAAAGCACAUGAUGGAACUAUUGCGUAUACUAGUAGAGAUGCUCAUAUGGGAGUACCAACAAUGCGCGGUGAUUUUGAAAUUCUGGGUUAUAAUAUGAUUCAAUGGUUAUGUGGCUCACUUUUAUGGGAAACAGAUUUAUUAGACCCAGUUGUAGUACAAAAACAAAAGGAAAAAGCGUUUGAUAAUAUUCCAGAGUUCUUACAGAACUCUUUCCAGGGAACAGUUCCAACCCCUAUACUUAAAUAUAUGACUCAAUUAACAAGUAUGAAAUUCAAUGAAACACCGAAUUACGAAAAAUUCAGAAAAAUACUGACAGAUGGAUUGAAAGAAUUGUCGCAUAAACCAGAUGGGAAAUUGGAAUUUAAAAUUAACGUUACUAAUAAUACGCCAAAAAGUAUAAAGAUCACCCCGCAAAAAACGAAAAAAAUAGUUGAAAAAAAUAGAAAAAGUCCACGUUUAAUGUCAAUAAAAAAUUCGAGUCCUGCGGUGAGUCUUGAUGAUAGUAACGCAGGCGUUAUAAUGAAUAAAAAACGUGGUAAUUUAAAAGACAUAAAACAAGCAUUGAACAACAUCGAAUCCGAUGAAGAAUACGACAUAACAAUCGUUAAAAAAACAAAGAAAUCUGUUAAUUCUGUACGUAUAAAUAAAUCUAGAGAAGAAAAGACACCAGUUAAAAACAAAAAAAGAGUUUUAAAUUUUUAUGAUUCGAAUUCAGAAUCUGAACCGGAGAUUAUAUCGAAGGGAUCGCGGUCACGACCUGCCCGGAAGGCAAUAAACACACCGCCAGAAGCAUUGAGAAUCCGUAAAGCUAGUUCUGACGAAGACAUGUUUGAUGCAUAAUUAUUAUAAGUAUUAACCAUGUCUUAAUGCGUUGACACGCAUUAAGAGUAAUCUUAAUUUAGUAGAACUUUUGUACAUUGCUGUAUUUUUAUUGGAAUUUAUAAAGGCAAUGUCUGUUAAUAUGUAAAUUGUGCAAAAGAACUACUAUUUGCAAGUGCGUGUUACCUAUCACGUAAUUUAUACUGAGAAAAAUGAAUAUAUUUUGAUACGCCCUCGAGCUAAAAAAUUGUACAAAAUAUAUAAAGUUAGCAACAAGUUUAUGUGAAUACAAACAUAAAAAAUACGCUAUGAAUUAUUUGGUGAUAAAAAUUCGUAUUUUACUUAAACAAUCUAUUCUUGAAA